CUGAAAAAUGUUAGUCGGCCAAACCUUGGGUGGGACAAGGUAAUUUCACUCUCACCCUUAAGAAAACAACCAAAGGGACAAGUUCACAACUAGUAACCACGACCUCUUGUUCUCUUUAUCCGCACCACACCUGUGUAGGAGGGAAAAGACUACUAAGAGCUGAAAAUAAAAAAUGGUAGCUGAGUGUGUAACGACUUUAUGUUCUUCUUCUUCUUCCAAGCUCUUCAAUUUACACCACACUAACAGAAGAAACUUCUCUGUUUCUGCUAUGGCAGCUAAUGGCAUUGCAAUGGCCAGCACCUCCAUAAUUAGCACUGCCUGUAAAAUCCGAAGACCAUCCUCUUCGAGACUGAGAAUCUCCUGCAUUGGAUGGGACCCAGAAGGCAUUCUGGGGCCACCCCAGACAGGCCAUAUUGCAAGAUUAGAGUUUAAAAGACAGCUUGAGAAAGACUCUGAGGCACGAGAAGCCGUUGAGCGACAAGUUCGUGAAGAAACUGAGCGUCGUAGAGCUCUUCGCCAGUCUCGUGUUAUACCGGAUACUUCGGCAGAGCUUGUAGAGUAUUUUCUUGACACUGAAGCUCAGGAGAUUGAGUAUGAAAUAGCGAGGCUGAGGCCACGAUUGGACCAAGAGUUUUUCUCACACCUGCAAUUUGAAAUAGGUCAACUUCGCUUUGCUGUUUCAAAAACUCAGGAUAUUGAAGAUAGAUUGAUUGAGCUGGAAGCAUUACAGAAGGCUCUGCAAGAAGGAACAGAAGCCUAUGAUAAAAUGCAGUCUGACCUUAUAACAGCAAGAAAAAGCCUAACAAAAAUAGUGACUUCAAAGGAUGUGAAAGGAACUUUACUGGAAAUGAUAGAAAAAAAUGAGAUCAAUAGAUCCUUAUUGACACUUCUAGAUGAAAACAUAGCAAAUGCACAGAGGGGAAACCAGGAACAAGCAGCAGCGUUCAUGCAAAAAGUCCGAGCAGCUGUUCUCAAGUACAUGACAGUUUAAAAUUCCAUUGUCAAAUAAUUCAUCUGCACUUUUUAUUCUUUAUAUUGAAUUCCUCCUGAGUUUCAGAUUUGAGCACAAACUCUAUUUCUGGCUACGUUAGGUAGAUUAUGAAAACACUGCGUGUGAAAGGUGGAAUACUGCAUAAACACAUAGUAGCAAAAAGCAAAUUACAUUUGUAGAUGCAGUGGCAUUGUAUUUUUAUUAAAUGAGACUUACAGAGCAGAUAUUAGAACAA